AUGAAAAAUUGGACGGAAGUGCCAGAAUUCAUUCUUCUAGGUUUAACAAAUGACCAUACACAGCAACACAUUCUCUUCACAGUUUUCCUACUGCUGUACCAGGCUUGCUUGCUUGGAAAUGGAGCCAUCUUGGUAGUUAUCUUUGUUGUACCACGGCUACACACCCCCAUGUAUUUUUUCCUAGGGCAUCUUUCAUUUUUGGAUAUAUGUUGCUCUACAGUAAUUGUGCCCAAAAUGUUAACUGGGUUCAUAACAGAGCAACAAACUAUUUCCUUUGUUGGUUGCCUCACUCAGAUGCAUUUCUUUCAUUUCCUGGGUAGCAGUGAGGGCAUGCUUCUGGGUGUCAUGGCAUUUGACCGUUAUGUAGCCAUAUGCAAUCCUUUGCGUUAUACCAUUAUCAUGAACAAAUGGACUUGUGUUACACUAGCUGGGGCCACUUGGGCUGCUGGCUUCUUUCAUGCCCUGAUGCAUACAGUAGUGACUUCUCAGCUAUGGUUUUGUGGUCCUAAUCUUAUCCAGCACUUUUUUUGUGACAUCAAACCUCUCCUCCUGUUGGCUUGCAGCAGCACAGUCCUAAACCUCACACUUCUUAAUAUUGUCACUAGUGGUAUUGCUCUGACCUCUUUCUUCCUUACUCUCUUGUCCUAUAUUUACAUUGUUACAUUCCUCUUUUUCAAAAGUGGCUCAUGGCAGAACCAUUGGAAAGCUUUCUCCACCUGUGCAUGCCAUCUGACUGUUGUUGCUCUUUUGUACAUCCCUGUUAUUUUUAAUUAUAUUCUUAGUUCUGCUGCUGAAUCCACUGAAAGGGAGAUGAGCAUGACUCUGUUGUAUAGUGUCAUCACUCCAGUUUUAAAUCCUUUAAUUUAUACUUUGAGAAACCAAGAAGUCAAAUCUGCCUUGAGAAAAAUCCUAUUCAGAAAAGCUCUUUCUAGAGGGAUAUGA